ACUAGUUGUCUUACUUUGACUGUGCGCGAGAGGUUAUAUAAAUUAUAAAAAAUGGUGAAAAUUCUGAGGAAAGUGAUAUUUCUGGAUGAGUUAAAACCGAUAUAUCAUAAACCUUUCUGGAAUAGGACAAUAUUACUAUGGAAAAAGUUUGCAGAAUAUCACCCUUCAUUAGGAUUAUUUAUACCUAUUGGUGCAGUAGUAAUUUCGACUUUAAGUGGAAUUGUAUUUUAUAAAAAACUCCAUGAAAAUCGUACUCCAAAAUAUUAUGAGUAUAUUAUUGUUAUGAGACCCGAUGAUCCAGCAGCUUCACAUAUUAGAAAAAAUGAGUCAUUGAAACUAGGGAAAUUAUAUGAAACGGAUACGAUACUUAUGCCACAUUAGUUGUAUGUUACUUGAUUAAUAUAGUAAAUAAAUAUCUGUUAUUAAGUAAAAUCAUCAUAUA